AUGGACGCGGCUUCACUUUCGCCUCCCGAACCUCUGACUGAUUCCAGGGUCGGGAAUAGGGCUGUGGGAAAUGUCAUUGUCACCCCAGCCAUCUUAGGGACCGGCUCGCGGCUCACUGUGGGCCUUGAACUGCACUUCUCUGUUGGCCCCAGAUGGCCCCGUCCUGGCUGGGGAGCCAUCCAGCAGUCAGCUUGUCCGGAGGUCACACAUCCUCACAACAAGCCAAGGACAGAAGCGGCGGGAGAAGAAACCCACGCUCACCAGGAGGAGGACACGCCGGUGGAGCCUGGCAGGGCUCUGUGCGGAUGGACACGACGGACCGGAAGCCCGGGAGCCUGCGACAGAGCGCACGUCCUCCGCCCCAGUGCUCACCACGUGCUCAGAGGUAGAACGCCGAGGUCAGGGGCAGAAUCGCACAGCGAUGUCCCUGAGCUGCUCAGGGCCUUCUCCAAGUGCGAGUCUGUCCUGGCCACAUCAGGCCCCCUCCUCUGCACCACGAGCCUGGUCCUCCACGCUGACCGUGUCUGCCUGGAAGGCAACCGGGACGGGGCCGGGAGCAGCGGCAGUGAAGGAGAGCAGCAGGCUGCAUCAGCAGGCUUCAGCGCCCACCGCGAGCUGAUGCUUCCUCCCGGGUUCCUCGCCUCUGGCGUCUUCCCCCUCUGCCUCUUCCACCAGCUGCGCUCGUCCCGUGCUUUGCCCUCACCUCCCGUGACCCAUCUUUCAUCCUUCCUCCUCUGCUGA